AUGAAUGGCCGUCACAUGAACGUUUCGGACACAGUCCUGAGCUCUCCCAGGGCUGCCUGGGAGCAAAACGGAGGAGAAGCUGCCCAGAAAGAACAAUGUUCCCUUGAGGCAAAACGCGCUGGUGUCACCGCGCUUGGAAACGAGCAGCUGUUGCUGAACGACUCCCGGGAUUUGCAUGAAGAACCCGAACAGCGGUUUCGCUCCGGGGCGGCGCGGGCGGCGGGGCGGCCGGGCACGAACGAAGGCGAACUCCUCGAGGCGGAGCGCCGCGCACACGGCCGGGCUCAGAGCCUCCGCGCCCCCCGGCGGCGGUGCGGGGACGUCCGGAACCUCAGCGCCCGGAACGCGGCUCCGGGGCGGCGGGGAGCGGCGGAGCGCUGUGGGUGGGGCGCAGGAAGCGGGGAGGCCGCACUUCCGGGUCCAGCGGGCCGCAUGGGCAGGAAGCGGGGCGCGGGACUGGGCCGCUCUCUGCAGCGGCAGCGCGGCUCGGAGCGGCGCGGCGCCGCGUCAUGGCUGCACGCCAGCGAGGUGGUGGGCGAGAGCGGCCCGGAGCGGCGCUCGGCGGUGGAGCAGAGUCCGCUGGAGGAGUUCCUGGCCACGGCGGAGCUUGCCGGCACUCGCUUCGUGGCCGAGCGCCUGAACAUCCAGUUUGUGUCUGCCCAGAGCCGCACUGGCCUGCUCACGGCCCAGGAGGCCCAGCACGUCCGGCAGCUGCAUGAGGAGAACCGGCAGUUCCUGCGCAUCCCUCGGAGGCCAUAUUGGGAUAGGACAACCAGUUCUGAAGACUUGAAGCAAGCUGAGAGAGAGAGCUUUCUUGAGUGGAGGCGACAGCUUGCCUACCUUGAGGAAGAAAAAAAGUUAAUUCUAACCCCAUUUGAAAGAAACUUGGAAUUUUGGCGUCAGCUUUGGAGAGUCAUUGAAAGAAGUGAUAUUGUUGUCCAGAUUGUGGAUGCUAGAAACCCCCUUCUCUUUAGAUGCCAAGAUCUGGAAAGUUAUGUUAAGGAAGUCAGCAAUGACAAGGAGAACAUGAUCCUGAUAAACAAAGCUGAUCUGCUGAGUGAAGAGCAGCGGGCUGCCUGGGCAAAGUUCUUUGAGAAGGAGGGCGUUAAAGUGGUGUUCUGGUCGGCAUUGGCAGAGUGCAGGCGGCUCUCUGGAGAAGUAAAGGAACUGGAUGCUGACAGUGUAGCAGAUGACCUGAGUGAUUCUGAGGAGGAAAGUUCCAGUCAAGAAGAUGAUGUCACUGCAGAAGAUAGUGCAGAAAGCACAUCCACAGGCAGUGCUUUGCAAACUGAAAACCAGUGUUUGCUUUGUGACGAUGACAGUAGUGAUGAAUAUGAAGACUGUGAGGAUGAUGAAGAGGAUGACUGGCAAACCUGUUCUGAAGAUGAAGGUGGGGACAAAGUAAAUGCUAUUGCCCCAAAGAGUAUGGAAAGCACAACUGAUAUUGUUGCAGUGCAGCAUGUAGUGCAAGAGCAGAACAGGAAUGUCAAGAACUUUAGCCAUCUGGUACAGAGAAAUGAGCUACUGGAGAUAUUCAAAACCCUGCACAGUGGACCAAGGGUGAAGGAUGGGGAAGUAAAUGUUGGACUGGUGGGUUACCCUAACGUUGGCAAAAGUUCAACAAUCAACACAAUUCUUGGAGAUAAGAAGGUGUCAGUGUCUGCAACGCCAGGCCGCACGAAGCACUUCCAGACUCUGUAUGUGGAGCCUGGCCUGUGCCUCUGUGAUUGCCCUGGUCUGGUGAUGCCAUCUUUCGUCUCCACCAAAGCAGAGAUGAUUUGUUCUGGAAUUCUACCUAUAGACCAGAUGAGGGACCAUAUUCCACCCAUUUCUUUAGUUUGCCAGCAUAUCCCACGAAACAUUUUGGAAGCAACCUAUGGAAUAAAUAUCAUAAGGCCAAGGGAAGAUGAGGAUCCAGAUCGAAAGCCAACAGCUGAAGAGCUUCUAACAGCAUAUGGAUAUAUGAGAGGCUUUAUGACAGCCCAUGGUCAGCCAGACCAACCGAGAUCAGCUCGAUAUGUGCUAAAAGACUAUGUCAGUGGGAAGCUGUUAUACUGCCAUCCACCUCCUGGCAUUGAUCCGGAUGGUUUUCAGCACCAGCAUGAAAGGUGUCCAGAGAGCAGAACUGUCCAAGCCAGUGGACCAGAGAAGCCUAAAAACAAUACCAAAGCAAAACAAAUUGAAAAUGUAGUGGACAAAUCAUUUUUCCACCAGGAGAACGUUCGUGCUCUGAUGAAAGGCGUCCGAGCUACGAUGGGAUACCGGCCUGGCAGUGGCCUCGUGUCUGUGCCUGCACCCAAUGCGGGGAGUGUGGUAGGAAAGCCCUGGAAAAAACAUGGCAACAGGAACAAGAAGGAGAAAGUUCGCAGGAUCACUAAGCAUCUGGAGAAUUAGCCGUGCCCUGAUAUCCUGCCUUGCCAAGGCAGGCUCGUCACUGUCCUGCAGGCGUGGACUAAGGGAAGAGUUUUAAAGUGGGCAUCGCUAACUCACCUUGGGAGCUCUGCGCUGUGGGUUGGCCUGGGCAGGGGAUAAGAAUGGGCUCUGAUACUUUGGAGCUCAUCUUUUCUGAGAGAAAAAAAUGGACCAGGCCCUUUGUGUUACCUGGGAGCCAGCCUGGGCAUUUGGGCACUGCUGAGAUGUCCUUUCAAUGGAAGCAGAUGGAGCUGUGCAGGAGUGUUUUUUCCUUAAGCAAGCCCUGUAAAACUGACUAAAAUCUUUAUAAACCGUUGAAUCUUAAUGAGUGACACUUGUUACCUUGUGAGAUGCUAUUGCUCAUCUCCUGGUUUCUUUCUUCUUUUUUUUUUUCUUCAUUCAAAGCUUGUUUGUUGAUUUGACAGGACACUUGAGUGUGUUGAAAAAUUACUUCAAAGAUUUUUAUUGCCAUCUUUCCUUUUCUACUCAGCCCUAUUCCAUGAAAUCUACUCUGAAACCACUCCCUGUUUCCCAGCCUACAGCAGAGCAUGGAACACCAUUUAAGGGAAGCAUUGCCUUUAUGUCCUUCACACUGAGCUGGUAUCGGUUGUUUUUGUGAUUUCCUCGUGGUAAUUUAAAACACUCUUUUCCAUGUGGCUGGCAAAAAAUCUGCUGGUGCUCAUUUAUCCUAAAACACGGUGAGGAUUUUACUCUGUGUAUUGUUGUGUAUGUUGUCUUGCUGCCUGUUGUUAUACAUUAUCUGAUCUCAGAAGUAUAAUUAACAGCAGAUUUCAGUAUGUACUUUAGUAUUUGAUGCUAAAAAGAUUCUGCUUACUUGGGGUUGGACUUAAGCUUCCUUGUUUUCCUUGCUGGAAAAUAUUUGUGUAUGUGGUCAGUGCUUUUCAUUCCUCUUACAGCAUGGAGUAAUGAUAGGAGUGGAAAGGCUCACAGAGUCAAUCUGGGCUUUGCUUUUAGGUGGUGGAGCGCAGUAACAGAUGUGGAUGCUGGUCUCUGAUACUAAAAAAGGGAAUGCUGUCUUGUAAUUUUUUCCUUUGCCUUAAUCAUGGAGAUACAAAAGCAGUUGCUGAGUAGAGCCACAGCAGAUGUGAGUCAUGAAAGCAAACUGCUUUUGCCUUCGUGACCCUUUGUGCGCUGGUCCUCUGUAACCGAUUUCACUGCACUGUAUAUGCAAAGGAUCCCCUGACAGCAGAGCUCUCACCUUGGCUCCUGCUUUCCCUCAAGUCUCUGCAUUCAAGUUCUUAAUUACAUAAUUGGAAGGGAAGAUACUUCCCUGCCAGCCAUAAUUACACUGAAUGAAUACAGUUGAUGGUAUUUUAAGUCAAUGUCCCGUAAAGGACAUUGGAUUCUCAGAAGACAUUAUUAUGUCUGGCUGUUCUGGAGAAUAUUUUUGCCUUUCAUUCCUGAAGAGAAUGUGCCUCAGCUAAAUUGGUCUCCUACCAGACUUUCCCACCCCUGUAGGAGUGGGUUGUGCUUUUUGUGCCCAGUGCUAUUCCAGGGACCUAAUUGCCCAGAAAUGCCCCUUUUUGCCUUAUCUUAAGCUAUUACUUGUCAUAUUAUCCAUCACACUAACGUUGGAGCACCCUUCGUAUUUUUUUUCUGUUCCACUUCUCUCUUGUCAAAUCAUUUUGAAAUCUUAGCUCACAUUGCAUAUACUUGGAGUUCUAUUGCUUUGUCAGCAAGAUAGUUAGGUCUCUGUGAGCUUCCCUGCUGCAUGGGCCAUCCCAAAUCUUGUUGAAUGACUGAUAUCCAAAGCAGCAGGCCCUGAGAAAUUCUGCUUUUUGCUCACAGAAACCUUCUGCUGCAGAAGCUGCUGAGCCACUUGUGGUAUCUGCAUGAGUGAAUGGAGGACAGCAUAAAUCUGAGCCAGCAGUGUUUGCUGAAGUGUGUUACAUGCAGACAGCUGCUUGCUGUGCUAAAAGGCUUUUGCUUCAAUAGAGGAAGGACUAAAAACAAGAGUUCUGGACCCAAAAGCUUGUUAAUGUUUUAUGCUGCUAUUGAGCAGUAGGCAAACUAAAUAAUAGGCAAGGACUGUGGCUCAGUUAGUGCUUUAAUGCUUUCCUGUGGUGGUUUGGUCUGUUGAUGAGCCACAUCUGCCCUGUCUUACCCUUGCUGGGGAAUGCUGGGCCAGCAGUGCUGACAGCUCAGCAUGGCAUCCCCGAGCAGCUGCCAGGCAUGAGGCAGCGCAAAAUUUGCUGCUGCCACGAGAUUGCACAAAGCAGGCAUUGUGCCUUGCUGCAGCCACCUGCUGGGUGAGCCUCUUUCUGCCUCUCUCAGUGCUUUCUGUAGGCAUCAAAUUUCCAUUUUUGAGGGCCAUUUGCUCACAUGGAGGGAGCAUGCGGGCUAUGACCAGCUACAGCUGUGAGUUUGCAGUAUAACAGCACCCAGAGCUUUCUCUCCCCUCUUAGGGGCUUGCUUUGCUUGCUAGUGGCUUAUUUUGCUUGCUAAUAUUGCCUGUUGUGCUGCUACUUGAAGGGUUGGUUUGGGAUGUGGUGGGGAACUCAAGAUAGAGAGAGAAAGCACAGGAGGUGUGCCAGCACUUCAGUGCCUGUUUGCUCCUGGAUGAGAGGACCAGAAGUUGGGACCCUGGGCGAGUGCUGUACAGCUGUACGGUCUUAGCACUGCCCAUUAAUGCUUAGUAUUUCUCUGGAGGAUGCUGAAAUCCCCUUUGCUGCCGUUAGGGGACGACCUUGCCCAGCCAGAGACAAGAAGUGUCCGACAUCCUGGGACACAAAAGGAGGUCACUGUGAGGGUGAGGAAAAGCUGCUCCUGAGUCAGAGGAACUCUGUCCCACUGAUUCUUUUUGACUAUGCAAAUGGGCCUGUCCCUGGGAUGGUGUUGGUGUGGAAGGCCUGUGCUUGCUGUGGGGAGCAAACCUGGCUUUGGGCUGUUGCAUUGAGCUAGCCAUGUCCCCCUGCACUUCUGUCACUUUGGUGUCGUAACAUUUGUGACGAAGAAACAGAAAUGUUAUGUCCCACUGGGCAAUUCCACAGCCCAGCCAGGCUUCUGUUGCUGCAAGAAGAGGGCAACUGGAAGUCCCUGCAGAGCAGCCCUCCUGCCUCGCAGCUGGUUGUCCUCGUACUCCUGGCAGCAGCUUCUGGCCCAGGCAGCUUUGGGAAUAUGCUCACCUGGGCAUGUAGGGACAACAGAGGCCAUGAUCACUGCCAGGGUCUGGUUGGGCCACUCCAAAAGGUGAUAUGUCCCCAAGGGAAGAGCGCUGAGGGCAAGACUGUCCUGGCUUAGUGGCUGUGCUUCUGGCAGUACAGGAUGAUGCUCACGAAAUGCCACUGCACGGGUCCCAGGGAAACCAGGCAGUCCCUCUGUUAAACACCCUAAGUUUCACUCAGCCAGCACUUCCUGGGCUCCUCAGCCCUUCCUUCACAUUGCUUGAGGAUGAGGGAGUGCACAAGAAGGAUCGAAACCUAAAUUAGUUCUGCUUUGAGCUUUGCUUGCAUUGCUAAGGAGAAAUAUACAAAUUUUAGUUUCAAUUCCAGCCAGUUCCUUUUUUUUAUGGGAAGAAGCGGCUCUUGUCCAGCACUGACUGCUUGUGCCCUCCUUUGAACAUGGGUGUGGAAUGGCUUUCCCUUACCAGUUGGGAUUUGAAAAAGGGACUGUGCCUAGGCACCUUCCUCUCUAGGGUGACUUGGUGCCUCAUAAGAUGUGUAGUGUGGACCAGAAGAAGCUGUAGCAUUGUGGGUUGCAGUCAUGGCGAGGGAGCAGCCAGGCUGCAUUACAGCAUUGGGCAUGUGCCAUGGGCCACCUGCACGCUGCUGAGACUGCAGCUGCAGUGUGUGGCAUCCUGGGGCCCUCGCAGCCCAUGCUGAUGUAUUUGUGACACACAAAGUACUGCUCUGUCUGAAGCUUUCAAAGCUGUGGGCUGUGCCCUGCUGCCCUGGCCCUGCAGCUGGGUGGGAGGCAGCGGGUGCUUGGCCUGAGCUGUGUCAGAACUGCAGAGGAUCUGGGAUGGGGACCUGUGUAGCUCUAUGCUGCUUUGCACUGCACAAGUGAGGAGCAGAGCUGGCACCUCUCUCGGGCAGUGGGAAAUGUGCUGCAAAGUAAGGAUGGGGCACUGGGAGGCCAGACCCUGCCAUGGCAGAAGGAGACUUUGCAGAGCUCAGGCUGAUAAGAACUCUGCCACCAGGUUUCCAAGGGCCUGUGUGAAUUGCUGAGUGGCGAGGCUCAGAACUCCAGACACCAGACAAUGGAAAGGCUGGAAAGAUAAAGGAGAGGAAAUUCUUCUGCUGUAUUGCCUUUCCUAUGGCGAUAAGAUAACACGCAGUGAAACAAGUGGUGGGCACCCCAGCUGCUCCCUGGAGUGGCAGCAAGAUGUCUGCUGGGGCCCCUGCAGUGCCUGGCGGGUGGUCCUGGGGCAGUGUGAGUGGGGUGAGUUUUGAGAAGAAGAUGUGAUGAGUUUGGUGGUGUUGGAGCACCAUUACUGUGCCUCAGAGCACAGAGACAGGCAGGUCUGACAUUGAUCUGGCUAGAGGCAUACUCAGAGGCAGCCCAGAUUAGCUGUGGAAAUCACUGUAGGAUAUUUUGGGCGGCAGAGCUCAGAUGAAUGAUAUGGGGACAGCAAGAAGCUGGGGCUGCCACCGCUGGCUCAGGAAGUCCCAGGGCUGUGCUGCAGGGAGCAGAAGGGUGGGUGAAAGGAGGUCACUGUGCUGCCGUCUCUGCUUUGUCCAUGCAGCUCUGCUCUGGCCAUGACCUGGCCCAGGUUUGCCAGGACGAGGUGGACCCUGAUCUGCUCCAGUGACUGUUUUGUGUCCCACUAUUAUAAAUGAAAUUUUGGAUAGUGGCUGUGCCUGGUGAGGCAGGGCCAGGUCCUCUUGUGGAUGUUUCUGAGGAACCUGUCAGCACUCUGGCAACAAGUACUUGUUUUAGGUUGGAUAUUAGGAAAAAUUUCUUCUCGGAAAGACUGGUGGUGCACUGGCACAGGCUGCCCAGAGAGGUGAUGGGGUCACCAUCCAUGGAAGUGUUCAAGUACCAUGGACAUGUGGCACUGAGGGACAAGGGUUGAUGGUUGGACUUCAUCCUUGAGCUCUUUUCCAACCUUAAUGAUUCUGUACUUUGUGCACAGAUCCCUCAUCCUCACUUGAGCUGGGGGCUGUGCAGGAACAUCCCCACGCAGUGGAGCAGCUUGCAGUGAAGGUAGGGGCACCGUAGUGAGCACCAUAGCCAGUGUGGUGGUGGGUGGUGAGUGCAGCACAGUGGGAGUAUGGGCACUGCCACAAUGAAGAAAGGCCAAAAGAAGGAAUUGAUUCAGAGACCAGAGGGAGCAGACCCAAGGCUGGGAAUGGCACUCAUCUCUCAGUGGGUGCUUCAUGCCUACAGGGACCUCAGUCCCUGGUGGAGAAGUCAUGCCUUUGAUGUGCUGUGAGGCUUCCUCGUGCCGCUCUGCAGCAUUGUGGGACAGGAUCUGAGCAGCCAUUGUGUGAGGCAAAACAAACCCUUCCUAUCGUGUCAAAGACUCAUGGGGUGGCCCUGCUUUCAGCUGCUGGCUGAAGCAUGAACGCAGCCCUGCCAGAGUCCACUGAUAACAAUCUCCUUGCAAAAAGGUUCAAGUCCCCGCUCUGGCGGGUGAUGUCACCUUAUCAGCACUCAGAGCUGAUGAUAAAGGGAUCAAUCCAAGCCCAGCCGCCUCCCCACCACUGCGCCAGCUGCAAACACAAUGCGUGGGGCCCUGCGUUCUCCUUCCUAGCAGGAGGGUCGCACAGCCUGGGCCCUGCGCAAUGCUGGGAUGGGAACAAUAGUGGCCGUGGCAGUGCUGGCGGGUGGGCGACUCCUGAGAAUCAUGUGCUUACCCCAGCUGCAGCAGAGGCAAUUUGUCAAAGUCCUAUUUUCCUCUCACUGAUAAGAUAGGGCUCAUGGAGUACAAUAAUGUCUUCCUGAGAUACAAUUGUGACUCUUCUACUCAGCGCACGCGGAGGGGAGGCUAAUUUUGGCCUCACUAGGCUAGCAGGGGUGAGGGAGACCAAGCAGCUCUCCAUGGAGACCAGGACAGGGUCAUGAUGCUACUGUGCCACUGCAAGUGAUGAGGCCCUUGGCAAGCUCUGCCCCAGCACCCUGGGGAACACUUUCCCCCCUGCCCUGUUCUAUUGCCCCAGCUGCCAAGGCACGGUUGCCUUGUCCUCACUGUGUGCAGCACCAGUCUGUGCCUUCUGGGAGACACCAACAUCCGCAGCCUCCCUGCUGGUGCUCCAGCACUGCAGCUGCACAAGAAGCCAAUGCAAGUAGCUCUGUGGUCGUGCACAAGGUGUGGUGCUGCUUGGGGGUGCAGUGCUGCCCACUCCAUGUAUGUGCCCAGCACCUGCAGCUGUCUCUCACCUCAGUGCCGUCACAGCUGCAAGCAGUGCCAAGGAAAAAGCAGUAAAAGGCACAGUUAGCAAAAUCUCACCCUCCUGGGAUCUGGGCCUUUUAAGUAAGAGUGGAGAGAGUGCUGCAAGGAGUUGGAAUGGGAUAUUUGGUAGGGGCUGGAUCCUGCUUCCCUCACAGGGCAACGUGCAGCGCUGCCUCCCAGCAGCACAGCCCUCUGGCAGAGCUGAAGUUUCCAUUUUGGCAAACUGCUUGGGAUGCACUUUCUACACAGCUUGAAAUCUGAGCAUAAUGCUAUCUUCAUGAACCAUAUUCACCAGCCUGAUAAUGUGACCCAACAGAAGGUCAGUGGAAAAGUUAAUAUAACUUAUUGGCUGAUUUAAAAAAAUCUAAUCAUCUGUUUUUCCUUUUUCCUGACCCCUCCCCCCGCACCCAGCGCCCUGCUGACAUUUUCCACCUAUUUCCAAAACAAUGGUGAGGGUGGGAAUGCUGUGAGCAGGCAGAGCUGAGAAGAAGGUUUUUCCUGUGCGGCUGCUGCUGCAUCUUGCUGCUCUGGGAUGGUGCAGGAGGUGCUUGAGCCAAGGACACUGGCAUGACUAAAGGCUGACACCACCACGGUUGCAAGGACAAAUUCUCUGGAAACAAGGCCCUUUGGGUGAGCUCUCCACCAGCCUUCUACAUCAGCAUUCCUUCCUCUCGGCAGGAAGAAAACCUGGAUCAGUGUGUAGGUGGGCGCACACCUUUGCACAUGUAUGUGGUGGUGAGAAGCAUUCUCACGCAAGCUCUGCUCUUUCACAUUCCUACCUAGCCACUGUGAGCAUGCUUCCACUUGCUUGCCCAAGUGCAUGGGGUUGAAAGCCACAGGGAGCAGCUGCUUCACUGCUGUUCUCCAGCCACUUGUCUUCUCCUGCCCUGAGGCCUGUGCUGUCUGGACAGCCCUUGCAAUGUCUGGAGCAAUUAAGCAGCCAGAUGGUUGUCAGGGUAUGACCUAUCCUGAGGAUGCAGGUGAGCUUGCCUCAUCAGGGUGGGGCUGCAAAGAGUCAUUUCUUACGCUAAUACUUUAUGGAUGCAAGAGAAAGGACCUCAGGGAGCAAAGGAUGACAGAAGGGAUCUGGGGGUUACUUAUCAGCAAGAACUGUUGCUUGGAAGUGGACCUUUGGGGUUGUUGCUGAACCCUGGGAGGAAGAGCACCGGGGAGGCUGUCUUCUGGCAUAGGCUUAGGCAAGGAGAGAGUUUGGUAGGUUUCUGUUGAGCUGUAGUGAAUCCUUCUCACCUGAGUGCAUGGGAACGAAAGGGGUUGCCUGCCAGCCUGACUAGGAGGUGCUCCCCCAUCUUCUCAUAGAUAGGCAAAGCUAAGGCACGGGAGCAGAGCUGAAGCCAGAAGGUAGGCCUGAGCUCCCAGCUAACAGCUUGCCCUGGUGUUCUCCAAGCUUCUCUUCUUGUUGUGCUGUAACAGGGCUUAACUUAAGGUUGGAUGGAGAAUUUAGUCUGGGUAAAGCCGCAACAAAUCUUGGCUGGUGAGAUGAGCUUGUGUGCUUUUGUGGCUUCAGCUUAAUUACUGCCAGUGCAGGAACACUGCCUUCUUGCCAGAGGCUUGUUUUCAUCCCUUCUCAGACAUCACACAUUUACUGUUGGCAGAUCUGUGGAAACAUUGUGAGUAUCCCACAGGCAAGAAUUCCUCAUCCUGCAGCUGAGGGGCUGUGGCAUGGUGCCUUAAAUCCUCCUUCUGUCUUCAGAAGCAUGUCAGACACUUCUGGGUACUGUGGGGACAAAGUCAAGCUGGUGUGGCUUGAGAGAGUUAUUUGUGCUGGAGAUGGGGCUGUGUCUUGCACUUCAGAGCACUGUGGCUGUGCCUUCUCCCUAUGUGAAGUCCACAUGCGUUAUGCAGUGCCUGGUGCUGGCUGUGCUGCAGCCCUGCCCACCGUGGCCAUCUUCCGUGAUAUUGCAGCUGGCCUUUGGAGCUGGGUGGGCCUUUGCAGCAAGGGUGUGUGCAGAGAAGGGCUGUGAGGCUGUCGGGUCCCACCCAGAAGAGGGUUCAGGCAGGAGUAGUAUGAGAUGAUGAAAACAUGCUGUAGGAAUGCUAUCAUAACAACAGUGGGUUGCACGGCCCGUGAGGGUGCUGUUCUGGAUCAUAGCUACAUGGUGUUAAAGGCCAGGUUGAAUGGGCCCUGGGCAGCCUGAGCUGGUGGGGGACAGCCGGCCUGUGGCAGCUGUCAGGACUGGAUGGGCUUUAAGGUCCCUUCCAACCCAAGCCAAGCAAUGAUUCUAUGCACUUGUCCGAGUCUCGUGGUCCCCUAUGGGCCAGAUCCUAUCAGAAGCAGACAGGUGUGUGCAGGCCCUCAGCUGGACGUGGGGCAGCUGCAGUGGCUUCUGCACAACCCAUGUAGAAGUAGGUGAAUGCAAGUGUUGCAUGUGCUGCCUGAUCUUUCCUUAAAAAGGUCAUCAAAGCUAGGGUGCUGUUUUUAUUUUUCAGUUCAGCAGUGCAACUUUGCUAUGAUAAAUAUGUCUUGGAAACCAGGAAUGCAGACAACACUAGUUCAAAGACUUUUUUCCCAGUGUUGCAUAUUUAAAGCUGCUCAUCACAGAAGAGCCUUUGCUGGACUGAGCGUAACAAGGAUUGCAUUCUUGUUCCAUGCUGAAGAUAUGAAAGCAAGGCACAGAUCUUUGCAGAUCUUGAAGAAUGUGCCAGUGGUAUUUCAGUAAUCUAAUGCUCUGCAGCCUGUGAAGGCAGCACAGUAACUGAAAGGAAAUAUCUUUGUUUUUAUUCACUUGGCUUUAUUCCUAAUUCAUUCUUUGAUGCCAUCAGCUUGGGAUAAUACAUUUUCAGAUAUGCUUGAAAUUAAGGAAAUGAGUCUGAUUAUCAAAGUCCUUUAAACAUACUUUCAGGGAGAAAUGUUCAACAAUAGAGGUAUUAAAGGCCCCAUUUUCAAGCAAUUCUAAUAUAAAAUAAAAACAUUGUGCUGCUAGAUGGUGAGGUCCAUUAGCAGCAUGUGUGUGCAUUCUCCAACUUGAGAGGAUAUCUGCUUUUCCAGUUAUGAAAGCUGCUCGAUAAUUUGAAUCUUUCCUCUGUGGUGGCUGGGCAGAGGCAGACUUGUUUAACUGUUUCUUCACUUGCAGCCAAAUAAUAAAUGCAAGAAAACUUUCUUCUUUAGGCAAAAGUGAUGUUUCUCAAUUCUUGUGUUUGAGAUUUGCCUGCAUUUCAUUUAUUUGUUUAUUAUGGUAUGUUGUUUAUUAUUAUUUAUUUGUUUAUUAUGGUAUGUCUGUGCUGGCUUGGGUUUUACUGGAAUACUUCUUAGAAAAGUCAGUAGCUCUACCAGUACGUACCUGAGCAAUAGGCUGGAAGCAGGCACAGCCUCCUUGCUGCUUUGCUUGGCAGUCGUGGGGCUAGCAACAGGAAUGGGAAAGCAUGAUAUUUAUUCUAUCUACUGUAAAUGUGACUGUUUAAGAUCUUGCUCCAAUAAAUGGAGCAAUGAAUUCUCUUUCUACUGAGACUGCUGGUAAAGAGGUGACUUACUAGAUAUGCUGCUGUUGUAAUGAAAAUAUCUGGCAAAAUCAUUUAAAAUCAAGAAGAACUGAAUGUCUGGAAGAAGGAGAAAAGGGAUAGGGUGACACAAGUAAAGAAAGGCUUCAGCUGUGACAGUCUUGGGUACUGUGUACAAUCUGCUCUUUAAGCUGUUUCACAAGAUACUCUGGCAGAGAAGUGAUAAUAAAUUGUUUAACGACUUGGA